AAAAAAAAAAAAAAGAAGAAAAAGAAAACAAUGCCCCUAACCUACCUCCUAACCGGCAGCACGGGCGGCCUCGGCUCCCUCGUCCUGGACUACUUCACCAGCCACUUCCCCCCGACACAAGAAACCACACAUGGCGUAUCAUACGCCGCAUCCUCCUCUAACCCAUCCAACAGUGAUCGCUUCACAUCGAAAGGCAUUCCCUUCCGCACCGUCAACUACGAUGACCCCUCGACGCUCGACAUCGCUUUCAAAGACGUAGAGAACCUUUUCUUCGUGAGCACAAAUACCUUUGACGUCGAGAAGCGCCGAAGACAGCAUUUGAAUGUUGUGGAGGCGGCGAAGAGGAAUGGUGUGAAACAUGUAUGGUAUACAUCCCUCGCGUUUGGAGGCCUCGGGUCCGAUUCCAAGGCUGCGGUGCAGCAGGCGCAUUAUAUGACGGAGGAUAUGCUGAAAGAAUCUGGGGUAAACUACACCUCCAUCCGCGAAGGAAUCUACACUGAAGCCUUCCCGCUCUUCAUUAACUGGUAUCCCCAAUCAAAGACGCUCUAUCUGCCCUCUUCGUCGGGGAAGAUCGCGUUCACGCUCCGGUCGGAGUUGGCAGAAGCAACAGCCAAGUUGAUGUUGAAGGGCGGUCAUGAUAGAGAGAUCGUGCUUUUGACUGCGUCGGAGCCGGUUUCUGUGCAGGACAUAGUGGAUGUUAUUAAUGAGACGACUGACCGGGAAGUGAAGAUCGAGAUCGUCGAUCCGGAGACGUAUGUACGGAUCAACGCGGAGAAUGAUAUCGGGGGCAAGGCGGAGGGGUUCUUCCGGCAGUUGGUGGGGUGGUUUGAGAGUAUUGAGAAUGGUGAGGCUGGGUUUACGGAUGGGUUGAUGGGGGAGGUGUUGGGGAGGGAGCCGGUGACGCCGAGGGAGGCGGUUAGGGGGUUGUUGGAAGGGGAGAGAGAUUAUACGUGGCAUCAGAAUUAUAGCAAGUAGUCGGUCAGUCUUUUGUAUUCUUGUUGUAUAUAAUGAGGUGGUUAAGUUGGCUAUGAAUGCUUUUAUGCUUUUGUUAUAUGUGGUGAUAUCAUUUCAUCACACGCGGUUGUCUUCCUCUCGAUCGUGCUGCGGGUACCCUGUGUGCGUGUCGCGAUACACUGUCGCUUCUCCGUCGCCCUCUUUCUCUAUGACAUCUUCCUCGUCUGCUCCCCAGGUCGCUUCGCGCAUGAAUGGACUGCGUCGGCGGAUCUCGGGUCCCUUCCAUACUAG